AUGAAUGCUCUAACAACACUUAAUUUAUCAAAAAAUCGUAACUUAACACAUUUGCCUCAUUCAUUGUCUAAUUUGAGGUCUCUCAUGCUCAAUGAAUGUUCAAAGUUGAAAUAUAUACCUCCACUGGGAGAACUACAAUCAUUGCUAAGAUGGGAAAUUUCAGGUUGUUCCAUCGAAGUACCACCAGAAGGCUCGGAAAAGUUGAUAAACUUGAAAUGGUUAGACCUGUCCAACCAUGUUAAUUUGGAGUUGGUACCAGAAAGUUUUCUUUCCAAAUUGAUCAAUAUUCAGUAUCUGGACCUCUGUGGUUGCUCAGGUGUAAAAAUAGAAGAUAUAAAAGGAAUGACUAUGCUUGAAUGUUUUGCAGGAACAUUUAUUGAUCAGAAUAACCUCAACCGUUAUGCACAAAAAACCCUUGCUAGUUCUUGUGGACCUCAAACUUAUUUUAUCCAUUAUGAGGAUCGGAAUCACAAAGGGCACUGGGAACCCUUUUGGUACCGAGAGCCUCUUUCCAAAUUUAAGUUUCGAACUAUGUGCAUAAAAAAUUGUGAUGAAAAAUUGUCCUAUAUCCUCCCCAGAGACUUUGCAAAUUUAUUUGUACGAGACAAUGGUCAAUGGGUAUGUUUAUGUCCUUUGUCAUCAAAUGGUCCUUCUCCUUUGAAAGAAAUUGACAUUCACCUUUGCACAAAACUGAAGAAUUUGUUAUGCUUAUCUUGUUCCUUAUGUUCUAAUAUCCAAAGCCUUCAAUCUUUGAGGCUUUCUCAUUUGGAAAGUUUAACUGCCAUUUGCAAGGAAGAUAUUGCUAAUUUAGUACAAGCAUCGCCUCCGGGAAGCAUGUUCACUCAUCUCAAAGACCUUUAUAUCAGCAAAUGCCAUGGAAUAAAGACGUUGCUGACAUUAAGCUUAGUGCCACAACUUCAAAACCCGGAGUCUAUGGAUGUAUCAUUUUGCAAUUCAAUGGAACAGAUAUUUGCAGUCACUUAUGAUGAUGAUGAUGAUAGUAUCAAAAUUACACUCCCUAAGUUGACCGUUUUGGUCUUACGAGGUUUACCACAAUUAAAGACAGUGUGCAAAGAAAUUUUAGUCUGUAAAUCUGGGUUUGAAUUGGACAUCACUGAUAGUCCCAAUUUAUGUGAACCUAGAAUAGAAUAUGUGGCUCUGUGA